GACGUAACCGUAGCGUGACGCAUAUCAGCACAUCAGACAGUGCAAUCAGAAAACCUGCCUGCCAGUUUAAAGAGGAGACAUACCGAGAGUACAGUCUCGGGAAGCCACGAGCAAGCAAGAGAAGUUACUACUAAAAGUCCCGAAGUGUUCAAAGUCGCGGAAACCUGAGAAAACAACGAUUUACAGGAUGAGACCUGAUACAACGAGCGAGAGUAAACGAGAGGAAGAAGAAGCUCUGCAUGUCCCAUGCUCCUGGAAGAAGUUGCAUGUAGACCAAAAAAACAGGAUCAACUGUUCCUAAACCAAUCCUUACCUGAAACAUUAGGAGGGAAACACACAACUGACAUAAGAUCAGCAUCUAGAGGAUAACUUUCUCCUAAUCCUGGUGUUUCCUGGCGACGGGAAUUGUUAUUGAUCUCCUUCCUCGUUUAGCGAGAGGGGUAGAAGCCACAGCUAAUAGGCUACCAUGCAGCGCUUAAGGACUACAGUUGCUAGGCUAAGGCCUAUUACGGCCACCCAGACAGUCAAGAGCCAAUCACAGGCCGGGCCGAUGGCAGUGGGAGGGGCUUUGAGGACAUUUGAACCAAUGAGGAGUUACACUACGUCGGUGUCGGCCGAGCCUUUUCUGAAUGGGACCAGUUGUAAUUAUGUAGAAGAGAUGUACUAUGCAUGGCUGGAGAACCCUAGGAGUGUACACAAGUCGUGGGAUAUUUUCUUCCGGAAUGCCAACGCUGGGGUGUCACCAGGCGCAGCCUAUCAGAGCCCUCCUCCUCUGGGUGGUGCUGCUCUGGGAUUGGCCAACACCCAGGCGAUGGUUGGAGCUCAACCUAACAUGGAGAAGUUAGUGGAGGACCAUCUGGCUGUACAGUCACUCGUACGAGCGUACCAGGUGCGGGGGCACCACAUAGCCAAGCUGGACCCUCUGGACAUCGGUGUGAUAGACUUUGAUGAGUCCCCAGUAAUGCUGGGCUUGAAGAAAGUUGGGUUUUAUGGUCUGGAUGAGUCUGACCUGGACAAGGUGUUCCGGCUCCCCAACACCACCUUCAUCGGGGGCAACGAGAGCGUUCUGCCCCUCAGAGAGAUCAUAAACCGCCUCGAGAUGGCAUACUGUCAGUCUAUUGGGGUAGAGUUCAUGUUCAUUAAUGACCUGGAGCAGUGCCAGUGGAUCAGACAGAAGUUUGAGAGGCCAGGUGUCAUGCAGUUUACCCUGGAGGAGAAGAGGACCUUGCUGACCAGAAUGGUUCGAUCCACCAAGUUCGAGGAGUUCCUCCAGAGGAAGUGGUCAUCAGAGAAGCGUUUUGGUCUGGAGGGCUGUGAGUCUCUCAUCCCGGCCCUGAAGACCAUCAUCGACAAGUCCAGCAUGAACGGAGUAGAGAGCAUCAUCAUGGGCAUGCCCCACAGGGGGAGGUUGAAUGUGUUGGCCAAUGUGAUCCGUAAGGAGCUGGAUCAGAUCUUCUGUCAGUUUGACUCCAACCUGGAAGCUGCUGAUGAGGGUUCUGGAGAUGUGAAGUAUCAUUUGGGGAUGUGGCACCGUAGGAUCAACCGGGUUACUGAUAGGAACAUCACGCUGUCACUCAUGGCUAACCCCUCCCAUCUGGAGGCUGUGAACCCCGUGGUGCAGGGCAAGACCAAGGCUGAGCAGUUCUACUGUGGAGACACAGAGGGAAAAAGAGUGAUGUCCAUCCUGCUCCAUGGUGAUGCAGCAUUUGCAGGCCAGGGGGUUGUCUACGAGACCUUCCACCUUUCUGAUCUGCCCUCCUACACCACCCACGGCACUGUCCAUGUGGUGGUCAACAACCAGGUUGGUUUCACCACCGACCCCAGAGUGGCGAGGUCAUCAUCCUACCCUACAGACGUGGCCAAGGUGGUCAAUGCCCCCAUCUUCCACGUCAACGCUGAUGACCCCGAGGCCGUCAUGUACGUGUGUAACGUCGCCGCCGAGUGGAGAGCCACCUUUCACAAGGACGUGGUGGUAGACUUGGUGUGUUACAGGCGUAACGGCCACAAUGAGAUGGACGAGCCCUUGUUCACUCAGCCUCUGAUGUACAAGCAGAUCAAGAAGCAGAAAGGAGUCCUCCAGAAAUACUCUGAGAAACUCCUAGCAGAGGGAGCAGUCAGCAGACAGGACUAUGAGGAGGAGAUAGCCAAGUAUGACAAGAUCUGUGAGGAGGCUCACGCUCGCUCUAAAGACGAGAAGAUUCUACACAUCAAACACUGGCUGGACUCUCCCUGGCCCGGUUUCUUCAACAUCGACGGCCAGCCUAAGAGUAUGACCAGUCUGUCUACAGGCCUGCCUGAGGAGGAGCUGGUACACAUAGGAUACAUCGCUUCAUCUGUCCCUGUGGAAGACUUCACCAUACACAGGGGUCUGAGUCGUAUACUAAAAGGCCGUGCGGCGAUGGUGGGCCAGCGUGUGUGUGACUGGGCUCUAGGAGAGUACAUAUCCUCAUCCAGCUGUGUGUGUGUGUGUGUGUGUGUGUGUGUGUGUGGUUCAGGUCUGAGUCGUAUACUAAAAGGCCGUGCGGCGAUGGUGGGCCAGCGUGUGUGUGACUGGGCUCUAGGAGAGUACAUGGCCUUUGGUUCGCUGCUCAAGGAGGGGACACACAUACGUCUCAGUGGACAGGACGUAGAGAGAGGAACCUUCAGUCACAGGCACCAUGUCCUGCAUGACCAGAAGAUUGAUAGGAGGAUCUGUAUCCCCAUGAACCACAUCUCUCCUAACCAGGCUCCAUACACCGUCUGUAACAGCUCUCUGUCGGAGUAUGGAGUACUGGGAUUUGAGCUGGGUUUUGCCAUGGCCAGUCCCAAUGCAUUGGUUCUAUGGGAGGCCCAGUUUGGAGACUUCCACAACACAGCCCAGUGUAUUAUAGACCAGUUCAUCUGCCCAGGACAGGCCAAGUGGGUCAGACAGAACGGAAUAGUCCUGCUGCUGCCCCACGGCAUGGAGGGAAUGGGACCAGAGCACUCCUCGGCCCGACCAGAGAGGUUCCUGCAGAUGUGUAACGAAGACCCAGAUACCUACCCUAUAUUCUCUGCUGAGGAGUUUGCAGUGCGUCAGCUGUAUGACUGUAACUGGAUCAUAGUCAACUGCUCUACACCGGCUAACUACUUCCACGUCCUCCGUAGACAAAUACUACAGGCCUUCAGGAAGCCUCUGAUAGUCAUUACCCCCAAGUCUCUGCUGCGCCACCCAGGGGCCAAGUCCAGCUUUGAUGACAUGCUGCCAGGUACCCACUUCCAGCGUCUGAUCCCAGACAGUGGUCCUGUGUGUGAGAACCCAGAGGCGGUGAAGAGGAUUGUGUUCUGUACUGGGAAGGUCUACUAUGAACUGACCCGAGAACGCAACAACAGAGGCAAUGAUGAUACCGUGGCCAUUGCGCGCAUAGAGCAGCUCUCUCCGUUUCCGUUUGACCAGGUGAAAGUGGAGACAGAUCGUUAUCCUAAUGCUGACCUGGUGUGGUGCCAGGAAGAACACAAGAACCAGGGUUACUAUGACUAUGUCAAACCCCGCCUACGAACCACCGUUGACCGCACCCGCCCCGUUUGGUAUGCUGGUCGUGGGCCAGCAGCAGCUCCAGCUACAGGGAACAAAGCUGCUCACCUGGUGGAAUUACAACGCUUCCUAGAUACAGCUUUUAACCUGGACACAUUUACUGAACAGUCCUAACACACUUAUACACUACACCCUAAACUUGUAUACCCUAACCCCUAUUGACAUCACUGGAUUAUAAGAAGGGUCACUUCUAGAUCAUCACUGGAUUAUAAGGAGGGUCACUUCUAGAUCAUCACUGGAUUAUAAGGAGGGUCACUUCUAGAUCAUCACUGGAUUAUAAGGAGGGUCACUUCUAGCUCUAAUUCAGUGUAACCUGUAAUAAGAUAUUACAUUUCAUAAUGUAACAAGACAGUAUAGUCACCUGAAGGAAAUGGAUGUGAUUCUGUGUGUGAGUUUCUCCAGCUCAGCAGCUCUCCUCCUCAACUAUCUCCUGUUUCAGUGGCUCCAGUAGACCUUCAGCACGACUCACUUCAGCCUUUUCCUGAGCUCUGAUCAGCACCUUCACCUCAGAGCGCCUUUCCUCCAUGGAGCGGAUCAGUUCAGUAAAGAUCCUCUCACUGUCAUCCACUGCUGCAUUUGCAGAACGCUGUUAGGAGAGAAAGACAGAGCGAGGAAGCUCCUUGUCAAAAAGUAUAUUCCCACUCUAACUGGGAACCCAGACAGCCUGUUCCCUACAAUGGGACUGGAGAGUCUCUCUCUCUCUCUCUCUCUCACCUUAAGAGACUCCACAGCCUGUUGGAGCUCCUUCCGCACCUCCGCUCUCUCUCCUGGACUAUGUUGUUGAUUGUUACCAUACAUUCACCACAGCACACAGUUGACCAGCUUGUGUUUCUUUAGUCCAUGAGUGAGGUUGGAGGUGAGUCUCACAGUAAGACACCAGACACACCAGACAGGACAUGAGGGCUUUCUGGUCCCAGUGCAGAAAUCACACGCCACAUCUCCAGGUCCAGCAUAGCACAGUCCUGUCUUCUUCAGUGUCUCCACCACCUCAGCCAACAUGUUAUUUUUCCUCAGAGUAGGCCUUGGAGUGAAGGUCUGAUUGCACUGAGGACAGCUGUAGAUGUUCUGAUCGUCCUAAUCACAGUAGCCCUCAAUACAACUUCUACAACUGGGUCCUGUGUGGCUCAGUCGGUAGAGCAUGGCGCUUGCAACGCCAAGCGUCGUGGGUUCGAUUCCCGCUGGGGCCACCCAUAUGCAAAAGUAGUGGCCCCAGCCGACUUGUAAGUCGCUUUGGACAAAAGCGUCUGCUAAAUGGGAUAUAUAUAUUUUUUAUACAUUAACUGUGUCCACAAGGAAUAGCCACCGGCUCCUUCAGUAGAUCCAGACAGACCAACAGAACUAGUCUUGGUCCAGUAGACCUCCCUGCUGAGCCAUUUAGACUGUUGUUGUUCACUCACACACAGACAGACAACAGAGAGACUCGGAUCAGUUUAGUUUCCACCGAAGAGAGUUUGUGGGAGGGACUUCCUGGUUCUGCCAAAGGGUGUGUGUGUGUGUGUGUGUGUGUGUGUGUGAGAGACAGAAAGAGAGACAGAGAACAAGAGAGAGACGUGUGUGUCAGUGGAGACUGGUGGAAGGAGCUAUAUGAGGACUGGCUCAUUGUAAUGACUGUAAUGGAAUUAAUGCAACACAGUCAAAAGUGUUUUCCAUGUUUGAUACUGUUCCAUUUACACCGUUCCAGCCAUUGCAAUGAGCCAGUCCUCCUAUAGCUCAUCCCACCAGCCGCCACUGGUGCGUAUGUCUGUCAGCCACAAUACUCAUUUUACCAAUAAACAAACAGUGAAGUCACUAGAUUAUAAAGAGGAAUUUAUUCAAAAUGUUUAAAGAAAAAACAUUUUUUUUUAGAGUAUUUUACAGUACACUGCAGUCUGGUGAUGGUUAAGUUGUUGGCUAUCAUCAAGGGACAAAUCAAAAAGCAGGACCCCUGAUUUUGUUGACAUCAUUUCAUUAUCUUUGUUUUAUCAUCACAUUUAGUCAUUUUCUAAAUAGUUCAGUAUGCAGUAGUUACAAAUGUAUCAGUAUGAUUUAGGAACAGUGUAACUAUUGAAAAGACAAACACAUUCAUAAUCAACCAUUACUUGGAAUUGUACCAUGUUUCUAUCCACAGAUCAUUCAUAGAGCCACUCUAUCUCUGGGGUGCAUCUCAAUAAUGUGAAAAAAGGAAAGGAGACAAGGAAAGAAAGCUCCUUUAGAGUAUGUAGAUGUGUCCUCACAGCUGACUCCUGUGUUUCAGGGUAUUCCUGAUCCAGUCAAACAGGUCCACAUGUGUGUGAGCCAACUGUAUCACAGCACAGUAGUCAACCAGCAACUCAUACAGCUCACCUGAGACAGGGAGAGGAAUCAAUCAAUCAAACUUGAUUUACACGGCAACAAGGAGGAUUUGAUGUUUGACUAAACACAGUGAAGGGAAGAAGGACUUUUUUGCAUCACGGCAACAUGUGGAACCGCUGUCAUAUAAAAAACCUUGCCCAAGGCAAGCCCAUGUUUUUUCUAUCCUCAAUCUGCUUUGACAGGGUGCAGGUGUAGGGUAUUACAUUGAGAGAAUCUUCAUCAUAUCAAUAGAAAAUAAUAACAAUCUAUUUUUUAAAAAUCACAACCUCCUCAAGCUUUUGGAGUUGACUAUAUGCACUCAAGCAAAAUAAUAUACCUACUCUUGAUUUAGGCUAUAUUCUUGAAUGCCAAAUGUUUCUGAUCAGUGAUAGAUGAGAAAACGAAUGUCAGGCCCUGACCUUAAUUUUCUUUAUUAUUUUGGUUAGGUCAGGGUGUGAUGAGGGUGGUUUGUGUAGUUUUUGUAUUGUCUAGGGUGUCAUGACGUUGGCCUCUUUGAGUAUAGCAACCCCAUCCCCCUCUCCCUGCCUCCCCCUUUCCUCCUUCAACUAAGCUGCUGUGGUCAGAGGUCGUAAAGUCCUGAGAAGAACCCAUGGACACACAGUAUAGAGAGAGUAGUUUUUCAUGGAGACAAAGGAAAUCCUUCCACAUCACAGAACUUGAAGUACGAACAAAGUUCAUGUUCCGGAGAAAGUGUAAAAGAUCGGUGAAGAAUCCAGCUACGAACUGGUCUGUUUGUCACAACUUGGGAAGCUCAUGGGAGACGGUGUGGCCACAUUACCAUAACACUUUAUAUAAUAGCCCCAUAUAUAAUGUUUACAUCUAAUUGUUGUAUAAGAUGAAUGAGUGAGUAUGAUACUGUUUACACAAUUUUACAAUAUGAUUUUGGACUGUUUAAUGAAGGAAAACUCAAAAAGGGAAUUGGAAUAGAACUAAAUCAUAGGACCGCCCCUGAGCCCAGUUAGGUUCAGACAUCCUGGGACAGCCCCUUUUCUGCCAUUCCGAAUAAAACCCAACAGAAAUUAUCAACUGACCAUGUUUUUCUCCAUUAGGGGAGGACAAAGGUUGUAGACCAUUGCUGAAUCUUUUAACCAUACCACGUGGUUAAACUCUUAGACUAUCGAUACAGACAGAAUGAGAACAAGUCUUUGAUACUAAUUACUAGUCUGGAGCUAGGAAUUCGGUAUCAUUGAACGCGAAGAACGACAACCGCCGAAACAUCCAUUCUAUAAUAAAGGUCACUUUGAACUAUCCCCUCCAACCAAGACAGAGAGAGAGAGGGAGAGAGACGGAGAAUUCUACAAAAGAUACAAUCUUUACACUAGCGAUCAAGACGACACACUGAGCGUAAAUAUAUAUAUUGAUUGCAAUUGUUCCCGAAUGAGUGAUCGUUCAUGUGUAAAGUAUUAGCAUUUUAAUUGUUAUAAUUAACUCUGAAGUGACUUCUGAGUCAACCCCCCCAUUUCCCUUUUUGUUUAACAAGCCGCCAUGCCGGUUUAGCCCACUAGGGCGCAGUUUCCUAUCAUUACAUUUACCUUUGUUUGUUUAUGCAUUUCUGUGAAUUACUUAGUUAUUAAUAAAUAAAUGAUUUAAGACAA